AUGAUUCUUUCGGCUCUUUUAACUUCAGUUGGAAUUAAUCUUGGUCUAUGUCUUCUAUUUUUCACCUUAUAUUCUAUAUUGAGAAGACAGCCGGGUAAUAUCACUGUAUAUGCGCCACGCCUAGUUGCUGAAGGAAAAGUUAAAGAGGGCGGUCAAUUUAACUUGGAACGCUUGUUACCUACUGCUGGUUGGGUGAGAAAGGCAUGGGAGCUGAGUGAGGAAGAGUUUUUAUCGAAUUCUGGCUUAGAUGCCUUUGUCUUUAUGCGCAUGUUUGUCUUUAGCUUAAAGAUAUCUACUUUUGGUGGAAUUAUUGGAAUGUGUAUUCUUCUUCCGAUAAACUAUUUGGGGAGUCAGCUAAGUGAUGAUUCAGAUUUUCAACACAAGUCUUUGGAUUCGUUCAGUAUUUCUAAUGUUAACAACGGUUCAAAUAGGUUAUGGAUACAUUUUUCUGCUGCAUAUGUUUUCACUGGAGUUGUUUGCUAUCUUCUUUAUUAUGAAUAUCUGUACAUUUCCUCAAAACGAAUUGCUUUCUUUUAUUCAUCCGAGCCACAGCCUCAUCACUUUACUUUGUUAGUCCGUGGUAUUCCUAUUCCACCGGGAAGCACAUGUACCGAUGCUGUUGAGCGGUUUUUCUCUGAGUAUCACCCUUCUACGUAUCUUUCACACUCAGUCGUUCGUCGAAGCAAUAGACUUCAAAAUCUUAUUACUGAUGCAGAUAAAUUGUACAAAAAGCUUACUAAUCUUAAACAAAAAAAUGGUGCUCCUAAAAGGCAGACGCGUGAAGGGUGUUUGGGACUUUUUGGACCUAAAGUUGAUGUUUUAGAUCACUAUGAAAGGAGACUAGGAAAUGUAGAGGAUAAUGUGAGAACGGAACAGUCCUCAUUGGCAUCAAUGGAAGUUCCUGUGGCAUUCGUCUCAUUUAAAACACGAUUUGGAGCCGCGAUAGCAUUACAUAUUCAAGAAGGUGUCAAUCCAACAGAGUGGAUUACUGAGGAAGCUCCUGAACCACAUGAUGUUCAUUGGCCUUUCUUCACUGUUUCAUUCCUUAAAAGAUGGAUCAGCAAGCUGGUGGUUUUUGUUGCAUACUCUACUCUUACAGUUCUGUUUUUUAUCCCGGUUGCAAUAGUACAAGGUCUUACGCAUCUUGAUCAGUUGGAAACGCUGUUCCCGUUUUUGAAAGGCAUACUAAGACUGUCAGUUGUGAGCCAAGUUAUAACAGGAUACCUUCCAAGUUUGAUUCUUCAGCAGUUUCUAUCCUUUGUUCCACCAGCCAUGAUUAUGCUUUCAUCUUGGCAAGGAUACAUUUCAUGGAGUCGGAUACAGAAAAGUGCAUGUACUAAAGUAUUAUUGUUUACUAUAUGGAACAUUUUCUUUGCAAAUGUACUAUCAGGGUCAGCUCUCUAUCGAGUUAACAUCUUUCUUGAGCCGAAAAACAUCCCCCGAGUAUUAGCAGAAGCUGUACCAUCACAGGCAUCAUUCUUCAUAGCAUAUGUUGUGACAUCUGGUUGGACCGCCAUAGCAUCAGAACUGUUUCAAUUAACUACACUUCUUUACAAUUUUUUAAGUCGAACUUUUUGUAGUAACAGUGAUGACAAUUUCGAGCCCCCAUCAAUUCCCUAUCAUAGUGAAAUUCCCAGGAUUCGUCUCUUCGGUCUUCUUGGUGUGACAUACUUCCUUCUUGCUCCACUCAUACUGCCAUUUCUCUUGAUAUACUUUUGUUUGGGAUACAUCAUUUUCCGCAACCAGUUUUUGAAAGUUUAUGUGCCAAAGUUUGAGACUGGAGGAGAGUUUUGGCCAACAGUGCAUACCUCCACAAUAUUUUCAUUGGUACUAAUGCAUGUAAUAGCCAUUGGGAUUUUCGGUUUGAAGAAACUUCCUCUAGCAUCAGGAUUGACUCUUCCUCUUCCAAUUCUCACACUUCUAUUCAAUGAGUAUUGCCGGAAACGUUUCCUCCCUAUAUUCAAGCAAUUUCCAGCUGAGUGUUUGAUUAAGAAGGACAGAGCAGACGAAAAUGAGUAUAAUAUGUCAGAAUUUUAUGAGAAGAUGGCAAAUGCGUAUAAUGAUCCAGCUCUAAUGCCAAUCAAAUACUCAGAAAGAUAUGAUAGUCAGAGAACUCCAUUGCUUCACAGUUCUCAAGUUUAG